CCAAUCUGAGAUCCCAGUGAGCCAGGCCAAGCCCCUCCAGGACAACGGGGAGGUAGAGGGUCUCAAACCAGGGGACAUUGUGGUGACCUGGAAUGACGGGAACGUGUCCAGCCUGUACCCCGAGCCUGAGGGGGAAGUGGAGGUGUUGGCGGAGGUAGAGAAAGAGGAGGUGGUUGAGGUAGAGAAAGAAGAGGUGGUGGAGGAGGUAGAGAAAGAGGAGACAGCGGAUGGAGUGGUGGUAGAGGGAUGAAUGAGAGAGAUACAACAGCCACGUUUCUCAGUACUGCUCCUCUGCAGAGGCAGAACAGAAACUCCUAUUUACUUAGGCAUAACUGUCAUUUUAAGUUGUUUUAUUUUAACCUGUAACUUAAACAACCACUGUCUGUUUAAUUACUGUAAUGCCCUUUUUACACUACUUUGCUGAGCCAGACCGUACUGUGCUGGCUCAGAUAUUUUAUUGGUGGAUGCGUAACCAUGCCAGCGCAGUACAGCUUGACUUGGCUCAGUAGUGUGAAAAGGGUAUACAACUACUACAAAUAAUGKUGUGUACAAGAUGUGCAGUAUCACAGUCAUCAUUCACAAGUACUUUGGAAUAUACAUCUACUGUAAACAUUGCUGGCCGUCGAAACAUCGCAACCAACUAUUUGAGAUACCAAAUAGUUUGUAAAUGUUGUUUUUUGGUCAUGAAGAAGUGCAACGUGUUGUUUAUAGUGCAGUGAAAAGUUUUCCUAUGUCACUUGACAGUAUGUAGGAACACGUAUAAACCAUGUGUCAUAAGCUAUUCAAYUGUAGUCUACUUGGGAAACACUAAAAGGCAACUAAACAUGGUCUGAGAUAACAUUAAGAUUGGAAGAUCAAACUUCUCUUUAUACAUCUCUUUUGUAAUUCUAUUUGUAAAGUCUUUUUAGUUAUAAUGCUGGACACCAGGAAGAUUAGCCGACGUCAUGGCAUCAGCUAAUGGGGAUCCUAAUAUAAUCCAAACUCGAAUUAUCUUGCUGUGAGUAUAGUGGAAAGCUCUUGUGAGAGAGUAUUCACAUAUAGAUGUUURGGACAGAAAACAGAAUUCAGUGGGUUAACUUUUGUCAUCAUACCACCUCUCCAUAUGUAAGAUAGAUUUUCAUUGUGUUAUAAAAGCAUUCCACCAAUUGUAGUAUUUACAAUAAGGAAAUAAAACUGUUCAUAUCAAAAUA